CCUGGAGCUUGGGCCAGUUUGUGGCGGCUGCUACCUUGACCUGUGUGGCGCGCACGUCCGCGCCACCGCGGGACGAGGGGGUCACCGGGGCUCCGCGUGGGCCGUAUAGGGCCAGAGACCGUGAAGAAACUGACCCAAACCCGCCAGACUCGGCGGGAGCCGCCCAAGGCCUUCAGAGCUGGUCCCAGAGGCGAGGGCGCCGCGGUGCGCAUGCUCGAAUGCCGACUGGACCCACUGAGGCAUGUGUGGCCACGGCAGGGGCCACAGCCUGAGUGACAUGGACAGGACCCGAUGCUCCCAAACCUACGAGAUGUGAAAUCAAGGCAGCAGCUCGCAAAGCCGGGAUGGAAGGACUCUUGACGGUUGCCGUCCAGCAAGACUCUGAGUUGGGAGAAACCCCGAAACAUGAAGGUCAUUUCAAGGAUGGCCGGAAGAACCAGGAAAGUUGUUUGAAGCAGGAGGUCCACAAGGAAGACCCCACUGAGGACUGCGUCCCCGAGCAUGAUGAAUGCACCAGAAUCCCCAGGACCAGAUCGAGUCCCCUAACUACCCAGGCUGACCGCAGGCCCCAGAGGCGCGGCGCACCAAGAAAGAGCCCGAACCAGAAGAACACAGACGCCAGCGUGGAGGAGGAGGAGGAACGAGGUGGUGGCACCAGAAAGCCGUGGAAGUGUCAGGACUGCGGAAAGGCCUUCAGCUACUGCUCGGCCUUCAGCCUGCACCAAAGAACCCACACGGGGGAGAAGCCAUUCUCCUGCCCCGACUGCGGCAAGGCCUUCAGCCAGAGCGUGCAUCUGAUGCUGCACCGGCGGAUGCACACGGGCGAGCGGCCCUACGCGUGCGGCGAGUGCGGCAAGGCCUUCAGCCAGGGCUCCUACCUGGCGGCGCACCGGCGCACGCACAUGGGCCAGCGGCCACACAGCUGUGUGGACUGCGGCAAGGCUUUCGUGCGCCCCACGCACCUGGCGCAGCACCGGCGUGUGCACACGGGUGAGCGGCCCUUCACGUGUGGCCAGUGCACCAAGGCCUUUCGCAACCGCUCCUCCCUGCUGGAGCACCAGCGCAUCCACACGGGUGAGAAGCCGUUCGUGUGUGCACAGUGCAACAAGGCCUUCCGCUUCUCCUCGGCACUCAUCCGCCACCAGCGCACGCACACUGCCGAGCGGCCCUACACCUGUGGCCAGUGCGCCAAGACCUUCACGCAGAUCACACACCUGGCGCAGCACCGUCGCGUGCACACGGGCGAGAAGCCCUACACGUGCCCCGAGUGUGGCGCGCUCUUCAGCCAGAGCGCCUCGCUGGCCGAGCACCGGCGCAUCCACACGGGCGAGAAGCCGUACGCAUGCACGCAGUGCGGCAAGGCCUUCACGCAGGUGUCUCACCUGAGCCAGCACCGGCGCGUGCACACUGGCGAGCGGCCCUACACCUGCCGGGACUGUGGCCGCGCCUUCAGCAAUCGCUCGCACCUGGUGCAGCACCACCUCGUGCACACGGGGGCGCGGCCCUACAAGUGCCUGGAGUGCGGCACCGCCUUCAGCCACGUGUCCUCCCUAAUCGAGCACCAGAAGGUCCACACCAGAGAGAAGCCCUACCGGUGCGGGGACUGUGGCCGCGCCUUCAGCCAGGGCUCGUCGCUGACGCUGCACCGGCGCACGCAUACCGGCGAGCGGCCCUACGCAUGCCCCGAGUGCGGCAAGGCCUUCAGCAACCGCUCCUACCUGAUCCAGCACCACAUCGUGCACACCGGGGAGAAGCCGUACGAGUGCAGUGGCUGCGGCAAGGCCUUCGGCUUCUCCUCCGCCCUCAUUCGACACCAGAGGAUGCACGCCCGAGAAGGUGGGGGACACCUUUGCCCAGCUGCUGCACCUGACUCAACACCUGAGCUCCGACCGGGAGAAGGAGCCUGUUGACGGUGGUCCUGCAGAAACCGUGGUGGACCAGCCCAAGAAUGAGGGCUGAGGGCUGCCAGGGCCUCCUAUAGGCAGACACCCCGCUGAGCCUUUUAUACCUCAUGCUCGGGCUCUCAGCACUAGUGGGUAGAUACCGUACCAUCCCCAUGUUGCCAAUGAGGAAACCAAGGCUCUGGGAGGCUCCCUGGGGUGCCCGAGAUCACACAGGAAGGAUGUCACAGGGUCAGGACUGGACCGCGCAUCUACCAGACUCACCUCCACCACCUCCCUGGUUCAAAAUUAUAAUUGUGACCCAUGGAAGUAGACCCGAAGAUAUAUCUGUGGGUCUCUGGCUGGCCUUUUGAUUGUUCAUUUUAUGACUGAGUAGACAUUUGGUCCACACAUUUAAAUAAAUAAAAGGUUCAGUUCCUUUGGUGCAGUUGGCAUGGUAACAUGGAGCAGGGUCUUAAGAAUAAAUGUGGGGACUUCCCUGGUGGUGCAGUGGUUAAGAAUCCGCCUGCCAAUGUAGGGGACAUGGGUUCGAGCCCUGGUCCAGGAAGACCCCACAUGCCGCAGAGCAACUAAGCCCAUGCACCACAGCUACUAAGCCUGCGCUCUAGAGCCCGCGUGCCACAACUACUGAAGCCUGUGCACCUAGAGCCUGUGCUCCGCAACAAGAGAAGCCACCCCAACGAGAAGCCCGUGCACCACAACGAAGAGUAGCCCCUGCUCGCCACAACUAGAGAAAGCCCGCACACAGCAAUGAAGACCCCACACAGCCAUAGGUAAAUAAAUAAAUAAAUUUAUAAAAGAAUAAAUGUGGAUCCCUAGGACUGAAACAGUGCUUCCAAAUUAGAGAAAAAUGAGCAGAGAACUCCAGGGCAGGGAAAGUUGUUUUAGAAGGAAGCACCUCUCCCAUGACAGACCUGUGGAGGGUAAAUUUUAGAGUGGACCCCAGUCUUUUUUUCAGUACGAGGAAACACCUCCCCUUUACAGAUGUUUUCCCCCAACUCAAAGUCCUGACUUUCAUGGUUGUGUCUGUUAGCUCUUGCCAAGUAACAAAUCACCCAGAAUGUCCGUUUAGUGUUUCCCAUGCAGGGUGGUUCUGGAGGUCUGGACCAGGUUCAUUCGAUGUUGGGAAGGGGAGGGCCUGCCAUACCAGCCUCUUUCUCGGACCUCUGGGAGUGUGGGAGCGCGUAAGCACCAGCGAUUGGCCACAGAGUGGAGGCGGGACUGAAAUCAGAGCUGAUCCCCAGCGGCUGUCCACUCCUUGGAUUUACGUUACUGCCACCGCCUUUGUAAACUCAGUGCCUGCAGGACAGCCAAGUGGACUGCAGGUAUUUCCACAGUUGGGAUAGUCUGGCCUUAGCAGCUGUGUGGCUGGCCUGGAGUCUGGGCUGCUUCCACUGCAGUCCUGAUACCUGACUUUAGUGGAUCAGUGGCUACAAAUCUGUGCUUGUAGUUUUGUGAACACAGCACCUGAGGGACAUCUGGGCUGAUAUCUUGCCUUCCCACAGUGGAGGUAGGGCCGAGGGCAGUGCCAACAACAGUGUACUUUGUGAGCCCACAUGACAGGUGACAAGUGACACCACCGCGCGCUGCCUGAUGGGCAGCUCCAAUUGAGGAAUACUCACGGACUCCUCUCCCAUCCCACCCACCUCACACCACAGCUUAGAAAUGGGUCUGGGGGCCUCUACUCCAACAACUAGGGAGCAUGCCCUUAACCCCAACAGGGCAGUGAAAACCACAGAGCAAAGAGGAGGCCCCACUCACUAUCCAGGGCAGGCUCUGGUCACCGCAACAUCAGUCACACCCCCUAUCAAGCAGAUAAUGGCCAGCACACACUGAGGAAAGACGCAGUAGGCAUCCAUACUAAAAGCAGCCCUCGCACCAAAAGUGUUAAAACCAAGCAGGCUAAACAGGGACAUUCCAUAUAAAAAUAGCCCUCAGGAGUUCCCUGGUGGUCUAGUGGUUAGGAUUUGGUGCUUUCAUUGCCAUGGCCCAGGUUCAGUCCCUGGUCAGAGAACUGAAAUCCCACAAGACACACAGCGUGUUUAGCCAACAUAAAAAAAGCCCUCUAAGACCACAGUAGAUAACUGUUUCUCCUAAACCCAUAGGGUAAGAGAAAUAUAAGUAAAAUGAAGAAGCAGAGGCAUCACUCCCAAAUAAAAGAUCAAGAGAAUUCCCCUGAAAGAACAAACAAUGAAACAGACCUCCUCAGUCUAAUAGACACUGAAUUUAAAAAAGGAGAUAAUGAAAAUACUGAAGGAAUUAAGAAGAGCUAUUGAUAGAAAUGCAGAUUACUGUAAAAAGAAACUAGAAGCUAUAAAAGGAACCAAGAAAAAUUUUAAAACUCAUUUGGUGAGAUGAAAGCUGAGCUAAAGACAAUAAAUAGCAGAUUGAAUAUGUAAAAGAAUAAGUGAUCUGGAAGAUAGAAUAAUGGAAAUCUCCCAAUCCGAACAGCAGACAGAAAGCCAAAUGAAGAAAAAAAAGAAGAAAGCUAUAUGAGACCUAUGGGAUAAUAUAAAGCAUGCCAAUAUAUGUAAAAUAGGGAUACUGGAAGGAGAAGAAAGAGAAAAGGGGAUUGAAAAUGUAUUUGAAGAAAUUAUGGCUGAAAUUUUCCCAAACCUAAAGAAGGAAACAGA